AUGUUAAUCUUCCUUGUAACAUUAACUAAUGGAAAACCAGGCAAAAUUGAUGAACAAUCAACAUCUCCAAAAGCUAAUUUUUAUAAACCACAACCAAAUGUAAUGCGUCGUCUUAAUCCACUAAAACUUUUAUUUACUGUGGUUCAUGUUCCACAACAAACUCCACCAUAUAAACUUGAAUGGAAUGUACCACUUUUAAAAACAAUGUUACUUGAAAGUUCAUAUGUUUCAGAUGAAGAUAAAGAAUUAUUUGUAACUGAAUUUAGUAAACAACUCCAUGAUUAUGCUGAUUGGUCAGACGAAAAACAUUAUGAAUUAGAACGAUUUACUGAAAAAUAUUUUAAUAUAUACAAAGCUCCUAACAAAUUUUUACCAUUUAUUGAUUGUCCUGCCUUAACUCAUGCUUUAACCGAUGAAAUGAUUGGUGAUCGUCAACCACCUAUGGAUCCACAUCGUCGAGCAGAUCUUCGUGCAAAAGCAGUUCGAGUUUUAUGCGAUUCGGAAUAA